AUGCCGGCUACAUUUUCCACCCCCAAAAAGCCAUUGACAUGGUUGAUCACCGGAUGCUCAUCCGGCUUUGGGCUAUCGUUAGCCCGCGUCGUUCAAGCAAACGGACAUCACUUGAUUGCCUCGUCUCGCAAUCCUUCCAGCUCACCCGAUCUUGUUUCUGAAAUUGAAAACAAAGGCGGUAAAUGGAUCCAAUUAGAUGUCAACGCUUUUGACUGUGAUAAAGUCAUAGAAGAGCUAGAACAGCAUGGACAGCCCGUGGAUGUUCUCGUCAACAACGCUGGAUAUUGUAUCUACAAUCCCGUUGAAUGCUUCACGGACAAUGAAGUUCGCGCCUUAAUGGAGACAUUAUACUUUGGCCCAAGCCGUCUCAUUCGAACUGCGGUUAAGCAUAUGCGCCAGCGGCGAUUUGGCAUCAUUGUCAACAUGAGCAGCGGCGCAGCUCUGGAGUCGAAUCCUUCAAUGGGUGCUUAUGCGGCCGGCAAAGGCGCAUUAGACUGUAUGUCGAAAGCGCUUGCAAAAGAAGUCGAGGCGUUCAACGUUCGAGUCUUGACCGUGCUCCUUGGGACUUUCAAUACCGGCAUGGGCAACGCUACAGUGCUGGGUAAGAACCCACCGCCGGAGGACUAUAAAGGAUCAUUUUCGGAAAAGAUCAUGGACGUGAUGUCCACCGGGAAGUUUGCGCCUAAUGGAGAUAAAGAUAAAGCUAUGAAAGCCGUCUACGAGGUUGUUGUAGGAGAAGGCGUUGGUAAAGGUCAUGAAGCAGAAACCGCGCUUCCUUUAGGCCAAGAUUUGGCCGCCAGGAUCAACGUUGUCCAAGGAUCCUUAUCUCAUGCCUUGGAUGUAUUUGGGAGUGUGUGCAACAAUGUCUACCUGGAAAAGAACUGA